GAGACGAGCUCGGUACUUCCCGCCUUCCCGCGAGAGGGCUGACCCUGGAGGAACUUAUGACGAGUGGCGCAGAAGUGUAGCCGGCAGGGGAGCACGGCCUGGGCCCAUGGCCUCACCAAGCCAGACCCACUCUGGGAAGAGCACCCAGUUGUCCCUCCCAGGCUGCCGAAGACCCACUGACAAUGGACAAGAGGGAGGAGGAUGACAGUGAGGAGGCCUGGCUGCAGCUCCGGCCGGUGGAGCCCUUGCCCUCCCAGUGCUGUGGCAGUGGCUGCUCACCCUGUGUGUUCGACCUCUAUCACCGAGACCUGGCAAGGUGGGAGGCAGCCCAAGCCAGCAAGAACAGGAGCCUGCUGAGUGGGGAGCAGUCACGGAGCCGCCCCACGAAGCUGAGCCCUGAGACCUUCCUAGCCUUCCGCGUCAGUGCUAUAGACAAACUCACUAAGGAUACUUACCACGUGCGCUUCGCACUGCCUGGGAACAGCCCACUUGGCCUGCGGCCUGGCCAACACCUCAUCCUACGGGGGAAAGUAGAUGACUUAGAAAUUCAGAGAGCCUAUACUCCCAUCAGCCCUGCCAACGCAGAAGGUUACUUUGAAGUUUUAAUCAAGAUAAAGAAACUGAAGCUCAGAGAGAUGAUGUCAUUGUGCCAAGGCCUCUUGGGUAAUAUGAUCCAAGUCAAAGAACACUUCAGUUGCUACCCGACUGGGCUGAUGGCCCGGUAUGUCAAGUCCUGGAGAGCAGGAGACACAGCUUUCUGGCGAGGACCUUUCGGAGGCUUCAUUUAUAAGCCAAACCAGCACGGUGAGCUCCUCAUGUUGGCUGCAGGCACUGGCCUGGCCCCCAUGGUGCCCAUCCUCCAGAGCAUCACAGACAACGCAGACGAUGAGACCUUUGUCACCCUGGUUGGCUGCUUCAAGACCUUUGAGGACAUCUACCUGAAAACCUUCCUCCAGGAGCAGGCCCUUUUCUGGAACAUCCGUACCUUCUUUGUCCUCAGCCAGGAGAACUUCCCAGAGCAGCUUCCCUGGAGUUACCGGGAGAAAACCCAUUUUGGCCACCUGGCCCAGAACCUGAUUGAAGAGCUGGUCAGCUCCUGCCGGAGAAAACCAUUUGCAUUGGUCUGUGGCUCAGCUGAGUUUACCAAGGACAUGGCCAGGUGCUUGCUAUGUGCAGGUGUGACGGAGGACUCCUACUUCCUCUUCUAACGCUGGCCUCCUUCCCAAAAUCCAGGCCAGGGGCCUGCCUCUGUGACAUGAGAAGAAGCACAGGCUGGAAUCAGAAGACAUGGAGUCCAGGCCUAGCAGCACUGCUGACAUUUCAGUGACUCUGGUGAAUGUCUUUACCAUGCAUGCCUCCAUUUCUCAUCUACCCCGUGAGAUUACUGACUCCCUCAGACAGGCAUACUGCUGUGAGCCCCUGGGAGGAGAGUAACCAGCCUGGAGUCAGGGAGGACGCCCUAGAGGAAGCUGGAUCCAUGCUGAGUGCUAGGGCUAUAGGUGUUCACAGAAGGAAGGGCGGGAGGAGCUCCCCUGGUUCUUCAGGUGAGAGGGUUGUGGGGAGGGGGGCCAGAGCCUCCCUCUGGGCCCUGCUGUGUAAUGCCUAUGCCAAAGCCUGUUUUCCCUGGAAACUGUGUGUCUCUCCUAUGGCCUCAGUGCUGGCUCUGAUGAGGUGCUUGUUAAUGAUUAGGAAAUGACCAAGGGGGCAGCUCAGAGAUCUUUGGAGGAGGAACUUGCCUUAUGUACCUCCAGUGCCACGAACCUGACACACACGGUCUUAGGUUCUCAGAGGGAGGUGGGGUCCUGGAUUAUCUUUAUUUUGUAUUGGUCCCCCAGCCUUUCCUCUUCUGGAAGGCUUUACUCUCAGUCUCCCAUCCCUGGCUUCAGAGGCUGGCCUAGAGUCCUUUCCUCAACAAAAGAGGCAUGGAAGCAAACGCCCCUGCCUCCUGCAGGCAGCCAGCUCAGCCCUGCCUUCAGCUCAGGCACCCUGGUGACAGUUGCUAUGGAGAUCUAAAGAUAGAGCAGGAGUCAGGAGACCUGGGUCCUUCUCCCUGCUCUGCCAACUGAGCGGCUGCUGACUCCAUCCACACCCGACUCCCGUUUCCCCCCGCCCCUUCCAUCCUACGUGGGGCAUACCUUCCCCAUGGAACCCUGCACUCCUGGGCAGCACGCUGCAGUUAAUGAAUUCUGCUUUUCACAGCCUGGGCCCCCGUGUGCCAUAUCAGCUCAGGCUGGCUACAAGCACUCUCAGAAUCAGAAUAUCAAGUCAUGGAAUCUCAGAAUCAAAGAACCAUAGAAUCUUAAAGUUAGAGUUUUACAGCAUAGAAUCAUCGGCCUCAUCAUAUCAGAGAUUAAAAUUAAGGCCUCCAGAAAGCAUCCAGGCUAACAGACUCAUAUAAAUGGGGAAACCAAGGCCCUGUGACAUUGAGUGACUUGCCCAAGUGGGCAAGUGCCCCGCAUAGCAGGGCCAGUGCCAGAACCCCUGUGCUGAGUUCUGUACCAGUUGUUUUCAAAUGGCUCCACAGGACUUGAGGGUUACUGGCAUGGCAGCAGUAAAGAGGUGGCCAGAUGGAUUUCCAGGGCUCCCUUCAACCAGAGAAGCUCUAUUUUUAUUCCAUUUAUAUAUUGGGGCUUGGAGCCAUUUUCAUUUGCAAAAUGGUUUUUUUGCACCACCCAAAAAGUUGCAACAAAUCUCCAUACUGUGCUUCAAUAAAUAAUCAUGACAGGCAGCUGGGGGAUGGUGCCAAAGGUUUCAUACCAUGUCCCCGGGCAGAAUUCCAUGGUCCCAUAGAUGUGGGGAAUAUUGCCUGUGACCUUCACCAAGAAUCGUAUGCAUAUGGGCAUGGUAAAGGCUUAAAAAAAAAAAAACAGCCUUUUUCAUUUGAUUUAACCCAGAGUUUCCCAAACUUAUUUACAGAACUUUUCUAUGCACUAAAAUCUUGGAGCCAGCAUACCAUAGACUGCGCUUUUGGAAAUGCUGACCUGUUGCACAGCCUCUUUUAAGCAUAGUGUCACAAGAGGGAAGGCCCUGCACUGAGUGUCAGAGGCCCCAGGCAGGCCGUGUGACUCCUUCGCCUCACCUGUGACUUAAGCAAGACACUUUUCCUCUCUCAGGGCCUGUGACAUCUGGGCACCUUCCCCCACUCUUCCUCUCCCUCAGUGUGUCCUGUUGAUUCUGUUCACCAGUGUUCCCUGAGGUCCUGCUAUGAGCCGGACUCCGUUCCCGGCACCAAGGAAUCAGCAGUGAACAAAGCAGACACGGUGCUGGUAAACUCCGUCAGGGAGCACAUAGCCCGGCAGGGAGGGCUGCAGUCAAACUUGUGGUCCUAAAAGGGUUGAAUGUUCUAAAAAGGAAAGCACAGAGUGUGAGGAGCGUGGAUGGCAAGGGCUUUUAGCCCAGCCAAGGGGAAGGAGGCCUUCCAAGGCAGUGCUCACACUCGUACUGCUGGGGGUGCCUAGUGAUGGGGUACAGAGUGGGGGCAUUCUUGGAUGUCUGUCUUUGUUCUGUUUUAGCUAUUUCAUGUUUAGGUAUUCAAUAAGACCACUCAGUGAUCACCAACAGCUCAUCUUGCCCUAGAAUGUCCCUCCCCUUCUCACUCCAUGUGGGACCCAUGGAGUCUGGAUACUGACAGGGUCUCCUUUGGGACACUGGUGAGGACCCAGCCAUGCCCUUGGUUCCAGGACACCAAAAGGGCUCAUAUUGUCCAGAAACUUGGGAGCUCGUGGCUGGGUGCUGUGCCUCGAAGGUGACCGAGCCCAAGAAGAGGGCCAGUUGGGAUGCGUGAAGACAGACCUCUGAGUUGGCAGGGAGGUUCCUGUCACCUGGCCCAUUGCUCUCAGCCUUCCUGAUGAUGCGCCCGCUGCAUAUCAGGGGAGGUGUGCUGUCAGGGUGACAGUGACCAAAAUGACAGCUGCUGCAGUCCAGCCCUCACCUCACCGGGGUCGGCCUGCACCACCCCCCUCCCAGCCUCCGGCCUUUCCCCCCACACCCUACUCUGUACAGCAGCCAAACCAUUUUUUUAAUUGCAGUAAGAACUUAACGAGAUCUACCCUCUUAAAGUUUUAAGUGUAAAAUACAUUAUUGUUUCCUGUGGGUACAGUGUUGUACAGCAGAUCUCGAGUUUAUUCAGACUGCUUUUUCUAACAUGCAAGUCUGAGCCUGUCACUCCCUUGCAUACAAUCCUUCAGUGGCUCCCUGUUGUCCUCAAAUACAGCCUCUCGGUGCCCCUUACCCCUGCAGACUUAUUUUCGGUUACGGCCCCUUCGCCCCCAGCCCUGACGUUCCAGGUGUUCUCUUGUGUCGCUCAGGCCCUUCAGGCCUGCUCCUCCCUCUGCCUGGGCCGUCCUUCCACCCUUCCAUCUUCCACUUGCCUUUGCCUCGCAUCCUUUGAAGACUUAGCUCAGUGUCAUUUCCUGUCGGUAGCCUUGUCUGCCUCUGCCGCUCCAGGCUAGAUUAGUGAGCAGAUUCCUGUGCGUUCCUCUGUUGCUGCCCUUCUCAGACUCUCUGAUGUGUGUGAGCACAUCGAGUACCAUACUGGGGUCUGUUUAUUGAGUCCCCAGCACAGGAGGGUGCUCAGUACAUCCUGAACGUCAAGCACCUGCAUAUAAACAACUGAUAUUCACAGUGUACUUCACAGGCUGCAAAAUGCUUUUCAUUUACACUGAAGCACCCACCUGUCACCUAAGUGCAUACUGUUUUAUUACCCCAGUUUACUGAUAAGGGCACUAUAUUUCUGAAACAUGAAGCAAUUCUACAAGGUCAUGUAGGGGUACAUAAAUUCCAAUAUGCUACAAUUGUUACAAAGGUUAUGCGUGACACAUGAGUUUACCAGGAGAGAGAUACAAAGAUUUUCAUUGCUGUGCAGCUUGAAAUAGCAAAGAAUAAAAACUGUAUAUAUGUCCAUCAACCAGAGAAUAUAGAAAUUGUUCUCUAUUCACACUGUGGAAUACUAUACAGCAGUUAAAAUGAAUGAACUAGAUCUACAUGUAUCAACAUAGACUAAAUCCAAAAAACAUAAUAAUUGAGUGAAAAUCAAAUUGUAAACGGAAAGGUACAGUCAGAGACCAAUAUUUGGAAAGUUUAAAAACACAAAAUAAUGCCAGAUGCGCUGAGAGGACAUACACCAACCUCAAGAAAGUGGUGACCUCUGGGGAUGGGAUGAUGUGGGGAACUUUUUUUUUCUUUCUGUAUCACUUUAUUAUAAAAACAUUUUAAAUGAAUAUGGCAAAAUAUGAACUUCUGAAUCUGGGCAAUGGGUUCAACUGAUGUCUGCCUUACUGCAUUCUUAAUUUUCUGUGUUCAAAAUAGUUCCAUAAUUAAAAAUGUUUUUGAAAGAUUAAA